AUGUCCGAGAAGUCUAACCUACAGGAAUCACCCGCGCAAACUCUCCCCUCCGCUGAUACCGCAUUAUUGAUCAAAAAGCCUCUUCCCGGGUCGGCAUGUCCCGAAACGUUGACUACUUCCCCACCUCCUACUGUUCCAGUCAUGUCCUCACCAUCCGCAAUAAAGGAAGCACUAAUACCGCUUCCAGUCAGCCCUACGUCAAGCUCUGUCACACUUGAAGAAUGCAAAUCCGGGACAACGGAGAAACAAGAGAAUGGCUUCCUUCGACGGUGGCAGCAAUGGGACUUGCUUUGUGCUUGCUGGAAAUCCUAUGAGCACACCGAAGAGACUCCCUGUACGACCACCCAAGAGCCUACUUUCUUCUAUGUAAAUGUUCGACGGAUGACGGAUCAAGAGAAACCAAAACAGGUUUUCAGUGAUUUCAGUCCCGUUUUACUCGCCUGCUUGCGCUCUAUUGUGGGGGGUGAAUGCUUGAGCCAACAUCCAGAAGUUCCUAUCGACGAGCUGCUUUUGGAGCUAGAUGCAUUGGACAUUCGGACCAAUGACGCACGCACGACUCUGGCAACAGAAAACAAUGAAGAUGACAUCGUACGAUGUGCGAAAGCGCUCGGGCAUGUGUACAAGGACCUACAUGAUCAUGAUGCACGCACGUUCCUUACGGCUGCAGUCCAACAGCUUGGAAUCCUGCUACACUUGCUCAAAGAAGAAUUCAAACCAAUAGCUGAACGAUUGAAACAUGCCAUAGCACAUGGCCGCAUACCGCUCGGCCUGCUGGGGUUCUACUUCCGGAAGGGUCAAAAGUACUGGUGCCUUGACGACAAUGGUGAUUUUGAAGCAUUCCGUUUGGUCUCAACUUAUUACGAUGACUUUGACCAAACAUUCCACCUUAAUGGCGAAGGUUCAUUCUGGAAUGGAACCAGGUGGAUUAAGCUGGAACGAGGUCGGAUGGUUAAGCUGGCUGAAGGGUCGCUGAUCUUAGCUGAUUUCCGAACUACCAAGAUGACGCCUGAGAUAUGCGCGCGACUUACGGAGCGCGGUAGAAAGUAUGCCGCACUAGCGGGUGUCCAUCACAGACUUCACAGAGGACGACGAAUCAUGGCUGAUCGCUUAGCCUGGAAUACGUUCGGCUACAACCAUUUAGAUGAAACCCCUUUCCCAUUUCCUCUUCUCCAAGACAGAAGCAAGGUUCGAAUCAAUGAUAACGUUCCGCCCGGGCCCGAAGACGAUAUCGAUCUUCUCCCGCGAUUCAUGCCAGGGUUUGAUCUGGAACGCAAGUCGUGGGGCUUAUUCGACGUCGACGAAGUCGAGCCAAUAAAAUUCAAUGAAAAUGCCUGGAAGCAUAUUGUGCUCGAUGAAAGCUCAAAGGAUGUCAUCGAAGGAGUUGUGGGUGCAUUCGACUUCAGCAAGGAGGUGAUGGCAGACGAAGACCGAACAGGCUUGGUCAUACUCCUGCAUGGACCAUCAGGGACCGGAAAAACGGCGACUGUUGAAGCAAUUGCGGAACACUUUAGGCGGCCUUUGUAUUCCCUCGCAGUCUGUUCCCUUCCGUUGGACACGACCUUGCUUGUGGACACGUUGACAUCUCGUCUGGAUGCAGCGAGGAUAUGGAAUGCCAUAGUAUUGAUUGAAGCUGGAGAUAUUCUAAUGCAGACUCAGAGGCACGAGCCAAUAAUGGAGGAAGAUAUUCGCAUCUCGACGACACUCAAUUUCUUUGAGCAGCACCGGUGCAUUGUAUUUGUUACCGCAAGAAAUACAUGUACCGCAUAUAUGUCGCAUUUUGCCAUGGCCAUCCAGUAUCAUGAACUAGAUGCCGACUCCCGCCAAAUACUGUGGUCUAAUAUGCUCUCAGGGGAAGGAUACACUAUAUCUCGCCGAGACAUCGAGGAGUUGUCCAGAGUCGCAGUCAAUGGUGAGGAGCUCCACCCUCUUGUAGGCAGUCCCUAUAAUAUAUAUAUAUUGGGCAGGUCGGGCAAUGAGGAACAUUCUCAUGACGGCCAAAGCACUGGCGCGUUCUAG